CCUAAGCCACCAUUAAUCCCUCACAAAUGGAUCUCCAUGAACCACCAUUUUUAGAGGGCUACAAAACCCUUUUACAAGGCACAAAUCUUAAUGACAUAAGUAACUACAAAUCCUCUAUGGUUGACAAGUGUGAGAUACCAUUAAUUGAUCUUAGCCGUUUAAACUUUGGCCACCUUGAGAGAAAGGAAUGCAUGAAAGAAAUCAUUGAAGCAUCAAGAAAAUGGGGGUUUUUCCAAGUUGUGAAUCAUGGAGUUUCAGAAGAGGUGUUAAAGAGCAUGAAGUUUGAACAAAUGAAAGUGUUUCGUAUGCCUUUUGGAAUUAAAUCACAAGAGAAUUUCUUGAACUUGCCUUCUAGAAGUUAUAGGUGGGGUAAUCCUUCUGCCACAAAUCCUAAGCAACUCAUGUGGUCAGAAGCUUUACACAUGUUUCUUCCUGAUAUAGCAAAGAUGGACCAACACAAAAGUUUGAGGUCAAGUGUUGAAGACUUUGUAAAAGCAGUUACCCCUCUAGCAGAGAGCUUGGUGCAAAUUCUAGCUGAAGAAGUGAACAUCAAAUUCAGUUAUUUCCAACAUAAUUGUUCAGCAAAUACUUGUUAUCUUAGGUUGAAUAGAUAUCCAACAUGUCCAUUCCCUUCAAAGGUGGUUGGUCUUUUACCUCAUGAAGAUUCUAGUUUCCUUACUAUACUUCAUCAAGAUAAUAUUGGGGGAUUGCAAUUGAUGAAAGAUGGAAAUUGGAUUAGUGUUAAACCUAAUUCUCAAGCUCUCAUUGUUAAUAUUGGUGAUUUAUUCCGGGCACUAAGCAAUGGAGUGUACACAAGUGUCAAACAUCGAGUGGUUGCUGCUGAGAAAGUAGAAAGAUUUUCUGUGGCAUUUUUCUAUGGUCCUUCCAUUGAUGCAGUGAUAGAGAGCAAUGCCACGCCACCACUUUACAGAAAAUUUACCUUUGGAGAGUACCAAGAGCAAACUUUGAAAGAUCUUAAGGAAGGUGGUGAUAAAGUGGGGCUUUCUAGGUUUCUCUUAUAGAAAUAGAAACAAACAUUGAUUGGUAGAUGUAAGAAAAAAAUGGAGCCAUUGUAAUAAAUGAAAGUGACAUUUGAUUAUAAGUACUACUAGAUUCACAAUUAAGGGCCACAUUAAGUUGGUAUCUUCCAAUCACAUUUCGACAAGUAUUUUUCCUCAUCUUAAGGUUCAAUGUAAGUUUAAAGUUGUUCUUGUUUAAUGUUAGGUCAAGUUAAGGUUUCUGCGUGAUUAGUGAGUGUUUGAUUUGAUUAUGUAUACUAUUUGAGUUUAUUAUAAUAUAAAAUAUGUACUUUAUAUGUU